AUGGUUAAACGUAUGCAAUCUGAUGCAGUUCCAUUAUCAUCAGAAGAUUAUAAAUUUAUUAUAAUUUGGAGAAGGCAAGAAGUUGCUAGUGUAGCUGAAAAUUCUAAUGCUAGUGCCAAGGCACAUGUUAUCAAUGGGGUUGACACGGUCAAUAAACUGACAAAAAAAGUAAGAGGAGAAGAUGGCAUGUAUGCUAUAAUCGAAUGUGAAUGCAGAGAAGCAGAAGAAGCCAAACGCAA